CAUCCUCACACACACCGAGGGACGGAGGCGGGCACGGACGGAGCUGCCCACCGGGGCUGCCGCCAGCCCUGCCGCCGCCGCCGCUCCGCCGGAGGAGCCGCAGCCCCGGCCCGGGGGAGGGGGGCGGUUCCCACGGGACAUUUUUUUUUUUUUUUCGCCCCCCCUCCCCUUUUUUCUUUUUCUUUUUUUUUUUUUUUUUUUUUUUUAAUUUGGUUUUCAUCCGUGGAUAACGAUCGAGAGGAGCCGGGGGGGUGGGGGGAGCCCGGUCCCGGCGGGGAGGAGGCGAUGCAGACGCCGCUGGAUCAGCGCGCAAAGGGCCGGCACGGAGCGCAGCGCCGUCCGCAUCCAACUCCCCUGCGGCGCAGGAUGAAACCACUGGCAUCCUGCCUGGGCCUGUGGCUCCUCUUCCAGCUCCCUGCCCUAGUCUCUGGGACGCGUGUGGUCUACAAAGUGCAGGAGGAACAACCCCCCAACACCCUCAUAGGGAGCCUGGCCUCCGACUACGGCUUCCCAGACGUGGGGCACCUCUACAAGCUGGAAGUGGGGGCCCCGUACCUACGUGUGGAUGGCAAGACUGGGGACAUCUACACCACAGAGACCUCCAUCGACCGGGAGAGCUUGCGUGAGUGCCAGCACCUCCUGCCUGGACAGCCCUGCUUCCUGGAGUUCGAAGUGUCCAUCACUGACCUGAUCUUGAGCAGCAGCCCACGCCUGCUCGAGGGGCAGAUAGAAGUGCUUGAUAUCAAUGACAACACCCCCAACUUCGCCUCGCCCGUUCUCACCCUCUCCAUCCCUGAAAACACCAACAUCGGGACGCUCUUCCCCAUCCCCCUGGCCAUGGACCGGGACUCGGGCCCCAAUGGCGUUGCCUCCUAUGAGCUGACGGCUGGUCCGGAGGCGCAGGAGCUCUUCGGGCUGCAGGUGGCGGAGGAUCAGGAUGAGAAGCAGCCGCAGCUGAUCGUCAUGGGGAACCUGGACCGGGAGCAGUGGGACUCCUACGAUCUGACCAUUAAGGUGCAGGACGGAGGCAACCCGCCACGGGCGAGCAGCGCCCUGCUUCGCAUCACCAUCCUGGACAUGAAUGACAACGCGCCCAAGUUCGAGAAGGCCCUGUAUGAGGCGGAGCUCUCCGAAAACAGCCCUGUGGGGCACUCUGUCCUCCAGGUGAAGGCCAACGACUCGGACCAGGGCGCCAACGCCGAAAUUGACUACUCCUUCCACCAAGCCUCAGACAUGGUGCGCCGGCUGCUGCGCCUGGACCGCACCACGGGGCUCAUCACCGUGCAGGGACCCAUCGACCGCGAGGACGUCAACAUCCUCAAGUUCUCCGUCAUGGCCAAGGACAAGGGGGCCAACCCAAAGAGUGCCCGCGCCCAGGUGGUGGUCACCAUCAAGGACAUGAACGACAAUGCGCCCUCCAUAGAAAUCCGAGGCAUUGGGCUCGUCACCCACCAGGAUGGCAUGGCAAACAUCUCGGAGGAUGUGCCAGUAGAGACAGCAGUGGCUCUGGUGCAGGUGUCCGACCGAGAUGAGGGUGAAAACGCCGUGGUGACCUGCGUGGUGGCUGGUGAUGUCCCGUUCCAGCUGCGGCAGGCUAGUGAAACAGGGAGUGACACCAAGAAGAAAUACUUCCUACAGACCACCACGCCACUGGACUACGAGUCGGUGAAGGAGUACACUAUUGAGAUUGUGGCGGUGGACUCGGGGAACCCGCCCCUCUCCAGCACCAACUCUUUGAAGGUGCAAGUAGUGGACGUGAAUGACAAUGCGCCUGUCUUCAGCCAGAGCUUCACCGAGGUGGCCUUCCCUGAGAACAAUGAGCCCGACGAUCUGGUGAUGGAGGUGAGUGCCAGCGAUGCUGACAGUGGCUCCAAUGCCAAGCUGGUUUACUCCCUGGUGACAGACCCCUCCUCCAAGGGCUCCUUCACCAUUGACCCCGACUCCGGGGAGAUCCGGGUGAAGGCAGUGCUGGACCGAGAGCAGCGGGAACGCUACGAGUUCUUGGUGGUGGCGGCAGACAAGGGCAGCCCCAGCCUCAAGGGCACAGCGUCUGUGGCCAUCAACGUCAUGGACAGGAAUGACAACGACCCCAAGUUCAUGCUGAGCGGCUACAACUUCUCAGUGAUGGAGAACAUGCCGCCCCUCAGCCCUGUGGGCAUGGUGACGGUGAUCGAUGCUGACAAAGGAGAAAACGCCCGCAUCCAGCUGUCGGUGGAGCAAGACAAUGGGGAUUUUGUCAUCCAGAAUGGCACCGGCACCAUCCUCUCCAGCAUCUCUUUUGACCGGGAGCAGCAGAGCACGUACACUUUCCGACUCAAGGCAGUGGACGGUGGGGAUCCUCCCAGGUCUGCCUACGUGGGGGUGACCAUCAAUGUCUUGGAUGAGAAUGAUAAUGCCCCCUUCAUCACUUCACCCUCCAAUGCCACCUACAAACACAUCCUGCCCCACACCAGCCCUGGCCAGCAGGUGAGCAAGGUCAAGGCGGAGGACAUUGACUCUGGUGUCAACGCAGAGCUGACCUACAGCAUCACAGGAGGCAACCCCUUCGAGCUCUUCCAGAUCUCCCCGCACAGUGGAGACAUCACCCUGGAGAAGGAGAUCCUCCGCAAGCACCAUGGCCUGCACCGCUUGGUAGUGCGUGUCAAUGACAAGGGCAAGCCCUCGCGGCACGGCACGGCCCUGGUGCACUUCUACGUCAACGAGACGCUAGCCAACCGCACGCUGCUGGACACGCUGGUGGGGCACAGCCUGGAUACACCGCUCGACAUAGACAUCGCCGGGGACCCUGAAUACGAGCGCAGCAAGCAGCGAAGCAACAUCCUCUUUGGAGUCAUUGCUGGCAUCGUGGCCGUCACCCUGGUCAUCGUGCUGGUUGUCCUGGUGCGCUACUGCCGGCAGCGGGAGGCCAAGAGUGGCUACCAGGCAGGCAAGAAGGAGACCAAGGACCUGUAUGCACCCAAGCAGGCCAGCAAGAGUGGUAAGAGCAAGAGCAAGGUGAAGAAGAGCAAGUCUCCGAAGCCGCCCAAGCCCACGGAGGAUGAGGAGGAGACGGGGCUGCAGAAAUCGCUCAAGUUCAACCUCAUGAAUGACUCUGUCAGCGACAGCCCCCGAAUCCACCUGCCUCUCAACUACCCACCAGGCAGCCCAGACCUGGGUCGCCAUUACCGCUCCAACUCGCCGCUGCCCUCCAUCCAGCUGCAGCCUCAGUCGCCUUCUGCCUCCAAGAAGCACCAAGUGGUGCAGGACCUGCCGGCCACCAACACCUUUGUUGGCACCGGGGACAACAACUCGACGGGCUCCGAGCAGUACUCGGACUACAGCUACCGCACCAAUCCCCAGAAAUACACCAACAAGCAGUUACCUCAUCGCCGAGUGACGUUCUCUGCAGCCAGCCAGGCUCAGGACCUGCAGGAUCCCUCCCAGCACAGCUACUACGACAGCGGGCUGGAGGAAUCAGAGACCCCAAGCAGCAAGUCAUCGUCGGGGCCCCGCAUUGGGCCACUAGCCCUGCCUGAAGAUCACUAUGAACGCACCACGCCCGAUGGCAGCAUCGGGGAGAUGGAGCACCCUGAGAACGAUCUCCGGCCUCUGCCCGAUGUAGCCAUGACUGGGACCUGUACCCGGGAGUGCACAGAGUUCGGCCACUCCGAUACUUGCUGGAUGCCCGGCCAGUCCUCCCCCAGCCGCAGGCCCAAGAACGCCCUCAAACUCUCCACUUUUGUGCCUUACCAAGACAGAGGGAGUCAAGAGCAAGUCGGGAAUGGCAGCCCCAGACUCUCAGAAGAGCGCAGCACCAAAAUGGCCAACCUCCGCCUGCUCCCCACGUACAGUGCCUUCUCCAAUAGUAGCCAUGAGCCCUGCAAGGACUCUCCCAUGGAGGAAAUUCCUCUCACCCAGACCUCGGACUUCCAGCCAGCCACCACCCCCUCGUCCCAGACCACCAAGAGGGAGAUAUACCUGUGAGGCUGGGCGUGAGGGGCAGGGAGCAGAGGCGCUUCUGAGGCCAGUGUCCAGAGGAACAUUUUAAACUUCAAUGCUUUAUCGCUCCGGCCGGUUCUCCAGGCAGUGGGCUCUGCGGACAGCAGGGCAGGGCAAGGCAGGGAUGAGAGGAGCACCUUUUUAACCCAUUGUUUCCUGGGGCCAGGGGUGGGUGGGAAGGAUGAAAGCAUCCGAAACCCAAUUUCCGAGCACUUGCGGGUGCAUGUCUCCGAACUGCUGCGUCGCCGGGGAGGGCUGGGCAGGCUCCUGGUGCGGAGGGCACGGCUGGGGAGAAGGGCUUACGUACCAAAGGUCCACGCAGAGCUGGUGGAGUUCCUGGGGCAUAGGACGAGGGGUGUCCCCGCGCACAGGGAGUGAGCUGCCUGUCUCUUUGCUGUAGACUCCUGUAAAUAUGAAUCUUAGGAAUGACAUUCAAGUCCUGCCUGAUUGAAACUUUUUAUUGUCCUUGAAACAAAAGACGUUUAAACAAAAACAAAAAAAGAAAAAAAAAAAAAAAAAGAAACCAGAAACAAACCACAGGGAGCAAGUUCCAGCUUUGAAUGGUUUGCUGCGUGGAAGAGCCCGCGGGAGCGCAGUGUCCGGCCCACACUCAUGUUCUAUAUUGUAAAUAGAGAUGUGACCAGUCCCUGAAACAGCAGCUGGGGAGCUGGAGGAAAGGGGCAGCGUCCUAGCCGGACUGUAGGGACUUUGCUAUUUUUCAGCCUGGAUCUCUUUCUGAACGUUGUCACUGUGCCCACAAGCUGCAGGGUCCCUAGGGACUGCCCGGUGCCAUAGGUGGGGUCUGCUUUGGGGAGGGUUCCCUGGUGGUGGCCCUGCACCCAGCGGGUGGAGGAGGGAUGGGGAAGCCCCCAGUCAAGGGUCUGGCUGGGUGCGGGGAAGCCCCCAGUCAAGGGACCGGCUGGGUCCGGAGAAGCCCUCAGUCCGACCCUGCUGGCAGGGAGGUCGUCAUCGGCUGUGGCGUCUCAGCCCAUCGCCUUGUGCCUCCUCCGGGGCAGGGGAUGCCCAUGAGGCCGGCUGUGCCAUGCCUUCGACCUCCAUCCCGUCCGCCUGUAAGCCACCAUUGCCUUUGUGAGGAGGAGCUUUGUCUCAGGGUCACACUGGGGGCCACCAAGCCCCUGCCCGCUGGACUCCCGCUGCCCUUAGGCCACAGGGCCACUCUCACGGGAUCCAGCUUUCUCUUCCAUUGUCAAAGGUCGACCGGUCUCCCCGGCAGGUCCCCGCUGCCCUGGCAUCCUCGGCUCCCUUGCAGGACACCCAACCGGGGCAAUGCUGCGCACGCGGUGGGGACAGGACCCGCUCGCCCCUCGAGGGACUCCUCGGAGGGGGAUGCCCGGGCGCUUUCCUGAGCCUGUCUGCUCCCUCAGGAGCUGGGGCACAGUCCUGUUUUGGGGGGCUCCACGUGCACCCCUGGCAGGAGGGGUCCAGGGGACUUGCGCCUCAUUCCUGGGUAGCCCUUCCCGGUCCUCCCCCGCCAGGACGCGGGGAGGGGCUGUGCUGCACCGUUGUUCUUCCCGUACUCAUGCGCGCAUCGAUCGUCUUCAUCUCUGGGAUCUUCCUUAGGGAGCGAGGCCGGUGGUAACUGCGGGACAGUUCCCCCAGCGGCUCAUCUUCAGUCCACGUGGUCCAUCACCACGGGGUCAGCGGAUGGCUCUGCCACGCUUGACCGGCACGGUGAUGCCGCAGGGACGGGGCACCCCAGCCGCUGCGGGUCAGAGACUGCCCUGCCAUAGCUGUAGUGCCUGUCAGGGUGCAGUGCGCCGGGGAGCCCCCCCUGCCCAGCCUCCUCCUCCCCCCCCCACCGCCUCCAGCAUCCCUCUCUGAGCAGCUCCUCUCCCUUUGCUUCGGUGGUGGUGGCAAGAUGCAGCCAGCUUCCCGGUGCGGUUCCAGUUGACCUGAGGGGACGGGGUGCAAGCCGAGCCUGGGCGACGAGGGAAGGGCAGCAGAAGGCGCCUGCUGGCACCCGCUCCCUCGCGCCCCAUCUCCGCUCCUCGCCUUCCCCGGGCGGCGCUGCGCCACGCUGCAUCGCCCGCAGCCCCGGCACCUCAGGGUGCCACCCGGAGGAGGCAGGACCCUCCUCCCGACCUCCUGCUGCUGCUCCCCGCCGACCGGCCGGGGGUCCCUUGAGGCGGGCACGAUGCUCCCGGUGGAUGUCCGCCCGACUGUCCGGGCAUCCCUGCUCUACCCUCGCCCACGGCGGCCGCCUGGCGGGGCCCACGUUCCCCUGGUCUGGCUGCCUGAGCAGGUCACACUCCUGAACUUGUUUUUAUUGUAGCUCUGUAGUUUCAGGGCCAAACUGGGCAGAAUGUGCAAUUUGGCCGCGCUGGCCAGGAUCUUUGACUCCACUGCCAACUCGACUGCUCAUGCCUCCCCUCGGCUCAGGCAGUGGCAGUGUCCAGUGCCCCUCUUGGGGACCCCCCAGGAGAGCGACAUAGCCACAUCUGAGGGGUGCUUGUCCAAGACCAGCUUACCCCGGCCCCUCGCCUGCGGGUGGGCUCCCUACCUUCUGCUUAGGGUCACCAGAGGGACCCUGAAGCUUGAAGCCCUGUGGCUGAAGUUGCUGUCUUGUCUCCUGGAGGACCUGGCGAUGUUCUCAGUGCAAGCAUGGUGCAAGGGGUGGGGGGGGGGGGGGGGGAGUGCAGAGGGGGUCCCCGAGGGAUGGGAGGAAUGGGUGCUGGAGAUGCGUGCCGUGUGUGGGGGGGGGUGAGUCUCGUGGAGGUGCACAGAGGGAUGGUAGGGCUGGGUCUGUGGAGGGGAGCACAGUGGGGAGAGGGCAUGGGUAUCUGGGGGUGGAGAGGGGAUGGGUGUCUGGGGGAGCAUUGGGGGGGUGAGGGUGGGUCUGUGGGGAUGAACAGAGGGGGCAGUGGGAGUGGGUCCUCGGUGGGGUGCGAUGGGGCGGGAGGCUAUGUGGGGUGCAGCGGGGAUGGGUCCCUGGGGAGGAGAAAGCGCUGGACAUCGGUUCUGGGAGACGGGGAGCUGGGGAUUUGUCCCGGGGUGAAGUUGACAGUGUCACUGGGGAUCAGUCCUAGGGGAGGGUGAAGAAGAGGUGCUGUCAGAAAGAAGCUCAUUUGCACAAUUAUAAGCCAGAAGGAUAAAGCCUCUGUGCACGUGGGAGGGGGGAAGCUCCCCACGGGCUCCAGUCUAGACAAGCACAGGGAAGAGGAGGGGGGUUCGACGCCUCUGCGGAGGGGUUCACUGUAUCUCACACUGCACUAGGACAAGCCAGGGGUAAAACCAAAGGUGGGAGCCAGGGAGCAGGCGGGCUGCGUGGGAAGGAUCUAAGCGACCCCUUUGUAGCUCUUCAGUGUUGGUUCUAUUUAUACGAGAUUUCAUUUCCUUGCUUGUGAUGCCUUGUUUUUUGUACAGUUUUAUGUACAUGCAGGUGUAGCUUUUCUAAAGGAGAAAUCCUAUGGCAGAGUAAAGUACCCAACUAUUUUUCAGAUGGUGACCUAUGUCUAAGGCAAUGCCUCUUGCUAAGGUUGUAUUGCUCUCAAUGUGUGAUGCAUUUCCCUGUGCGGGGAAGGCUUUGGGCCUUGGGCUUGGUUUUCCCCGGGCGCUGUGAGCACAAUUGAUUCCCUUGUAAUUCUUUCUGUUCAGAGCAGUGAGCAUGACACUGUCGUGAUCCCCUUUCCGUUCUCUCCUGUUCUGUUUGUUUGCUGAGCUGUCAGAUGACCAACUCCAUUGUAAUUAGCCCUUCCUAAAGCUUUACAAUAAAAGUGUGAAAACCUG